GUCGUUGUGUGUCGCAGUUACACCGAGUCCGUUCGCGCACUCGCGUUAAAUCCCGAGACCCGCGCCGUCCGUGCGCGCGUGCACCAUCACCACCAUCACCACCACCACCACCACCACCACCACCACCGCGUCCGGGCCCCCUCACGACGCGUGUGCCUCCCUCGCGCGAGGGAUUUUCGGUUCGCUGUUUACCACCACCACCACCACCAUCACCUAUCCUAUCGUCACCGUCACGCGCGCGCGUUACGCGUCCUUCAUCUAGACGCGAGAGUCGUCAGUCCGUCGGCGGGGUGUCAUCGGGAAAGGAGGAGGAUAUGUCCAUCGUCCGCGGCGGCGUGUUGUCCGAGUCGUUCGCGUGAUUCGCGCGCGCGCGUGCGAGCCCUCGAGAGCCCGUCGAGUGACCGUCGAGAGAUCCGAGAUACACGUAAUAUAUUAUUACGGAUUUCUAGGGAUUGUGGAAAUCGACGCGAGAGCUACGUGACCAUACGGGAAUUGAUGCAUCACGGAAUCACGUGGAAGCGAGAAAACGGCUGCCGAGAAUCAUCGCACGCGGAGUGAGGAGGCACGUGAACGCAACGCUGUCAAAUCGUCUUCGUCAGCUUCCCUCGUCGCGGAACCGAUCGGCGCACGUGUGAGGAGGGUAAUUUGCACCACCAGGCGACUCAUCCCCUUGUCCUCCCUCGCUCGCUCGCCCGUCCGUACGUCAUGCUGAGGAUCUUGCCGGCCGCAGCGAUGGAAACAUGAGGACCGUGACGGAUCGCACAUCCGAUCGAGCUCCUGCCGACCAUAAAUGACCGAUGUGACGCAACCAACCAGGAAUAUUUUUAUGCAAAAUGACUCGCGCCCUUGUCCUUCUCUGCAUGGCCAUCAUUCUACCUCUCGUACGAUGCCACAAGAUCCACGAGCACAUGACAAGGGAAGAGAUGCUAUCGGUGUUCUACACGGGACACGAGUCCGUGCCACCGUACGAAGUCGUGCCUGUGUUGCACACGGUGCAUAAGAGGAGCGUGGACGCGAAGCCGCAGAUUCACUUGAAGGCCUUCGGCAAAGACAUCAGACUUUCGUUGAAACCUACGGAGGGAUUAUUGACGGUCAACAGCCUGCCGAUGUGGACUGUCACCAGGAACACGUCGCAACCAGACGGCCUUCAUUACGAGAGGUUAAAGAAUGUCGACGUGGAUAUCGGUGACAUCUAUCAAGACACGGAGAACAUGGCUUCCAUUCUGCUGCACCAAGACACGAAUGGGAAAGUGCGCGUUGAUGGAACCAUCGGUUCAGAAUUAAUUAUCCGGCCACUGCCAGAACGGGUUCUACAGGAAAUAGUGAGCAAAACGCCAGCCCUUCACGAACCCGAAUUACUGCCCAAUGUAACUAGUAGUGAGGACUUGGAACGCACAAGUCAUCAUAUCGUUUUCAAAAAGGUGGAUCAACCUAUCGGCGACAAGUACAACGACUUUUCGCUCAUGGAACCCGACCACUUAGCCAAGAGGUAUAGGAUUAAGCGUUCGAUCAACAGCAGAUCGAGACGCGAGGCACCGUACGUCAUUUACCCGGAAAUCCUUUGUAUUGUGGAUUACGACGGGUACAGAUUGCACGGCGGCGAUAACGUACAGAUAAAGAGGUACUUCGUGUCCUUUUGGAACGGGGUCGAUCUGAGGUACAAGUUACUGAAGGGGCCAAAAAUACGUAUCAGUAUAGCGGGAAUAAUUAUCUCACGGGGACGGGACGCGACACCGUACUUAGAAAGGAAUCGCGUGGGAAGAGACGCAAUCGACUCGGCGGCCGCUCUGACUGACAUGGGCAAAUAUCUUUUCCGGGAGAGGAGACUUCCUGUAUACGACAUCGCCGUCGCCGUUACAAAAUUAGAUAUGUGCAGGAGGCAAUACGCGAAUGAUGUGUGCAAUAGAGGAACCGCAGGAUUCGCGUACGUCGGCGGAGCCUGCGUCGUGAAUAAGCGCCUUGAGAAGGUGAACUCAGUCGCCAUCAUCGAAGAUACCGGCGGUUUCAGCGGUAUCAUCGUCGCCGCGCACGAGGUCGGCCACCUACUGGGUGCCGUUCACGACGGCUCGCCUCCGCCCAGCUAUCUGGGUGGACCAGGUGCCGAAAAGUGUCGCUGGGAGGACGGGUACAUCAUGAGCGAUCUUAGGCACACGGAAAAGGGCUUUAAGUGGUCCCACUGCAGUGUGUCAUCCUUCCAUCAUUUUUUAAAUGGUGAUACAGCGACCUGUUUAUACAAUGCGCCUCACGAAGACGAGGCGUUGCCCAGAGUACUUCCGGGAAAACUCUUAUCCUUAGAUGCGCAAUGUCGGAAAGAUCGUGGAACAAGCGCUUGUUUCAAAGACGAUCGAGUUUGCGCUCAGCUUUUCUGUUUCGACGCCGGAUCCGGAUACUGCGUUGCGUAUCGCCCAGCAGCGGAAGGUUCGCCGUGCGGGGAUGGUCAGUACUGCUUGAACGGGAAGUGCGUGGCGGAGCACGAGAAUAUCAUACCGGAUUAUACGCAGAACAUUCCGACAUAUGUGCGCCGGGACAGCAUAUUCAAUUCCGCAGCACACCGGCCGAUAUUCGCUCAUUACAACAACACAGACUACAGGUAUCCAUGGGAAGCGACACAGAGCAUGCCAUUAUCGAGCGUAACACCGACGACAACGACGACGACGACGACGACGAUAAGAACGUCGACUUAUCCUUACAAACAUUUCACAAAUCCGUUUGCAACCACAGUGUCAAAAUACACGCGGACAUUUAUCAAUAACUUGUACACCAAUCAAUACAAAACUAAAUACAAUAAUAAUAAUAAUAAUAAUAGUAAUAGCAAUAGUAAUAGUGAUAGCGGCACUGGUGGCAGCAUCAGCACCACCACUAAGAAAAGCUUCAAUUUCUUCAACUCGUAUUACACCGUCAGUACCACUCCGAAGGUCACUUACGGUCCGAAAGUUAGUCCGUUCAAGUAUAAGAGCGUGUCACUUUCCACAACGACGAAAGGAUAUCAGAACGGCCUUCGAAGUAACGGCCGCGAAACAGAGGCCGGUGAAUGCACGGACGUGGGGUCAGAUUGCGCGGAGGUGAUUGACAGGCUGAGAACAUGGCUGUGCCAUCUACAAUCUGUGAAGAGUCGCUGCUGCGCGUCCCUGAAGACGAUCUGUACUGACUAAAUAAUGACAAUUAAGGACAAUUAAGGACAAAAAGAAAUAAAAGAAUGAAAAGGAAAAAUCGAUUCGAUAGUUUGCUCGAAGACGUCGCGCUUGGACGCCCGCCACGAGGAUGAGGAUUUUGUCAGGUCUGCGCCCUGAUCACUUCUCUCGCCAUCAUGACGCAGCAUCCGGAAAAGCGUCACAUCGGACGGAACGGAAUUCGGGAAAAAUCUUUCGUUUCGUCAUCGCUUCUUCCUUCCUCCUUCACUUUUCUUCGCGAAUAGAGGAGAAAUCAGGUUCUCUAUGCGGUUCCUCGAAAUCGCGACGAGCACAUUCGACUCUCUUCUCAAUGUAGCUGCGUGUCUCGCACACCUCCAGAUGUAAUUUUUUGGCAGUACGGUAGUACCGAGGUUCUACCGAACGAUGUAGUGAAUCUCUAAAAUAGAGCGGACUGUCUAUCGGUAUAUGCGAUAGAGAUUUCGGCUGCAUUCAUAUUUAUUCGAUGAGGAGCGAUCUCGCGAAAGACUCGUUACACAGGCACAGGUGCGUCGUGCGUAUAUUUCUCACGCGCGGAUAAAGCCAUUCGGAAACUACAAAAAUUGUAUAGCGCAAGAUAAUAAAUGGGAUUAAUUAAAACGUU